AUGCCCGGUGGAACCAGAGUGACACAUGCGCGCCGAUUCGGCGACUCAGCAUGGACCAAGACCGCCAAAAUCGAGACUAUUACGCCAGAGGGGACACCAAAAACCUACUUUCUCAAGGUAGCAGCAGGACCCAGCGCACGAGCUAUGUGUGAAGGCGAGUUCGUUUCCGCAAAACUCAUACGAGAAGCUGUGCCGAACAUGGUCCCGGAGCCCUAUGGUUGGGGUUCGUACUUUGACGACUCAGCAAAUGCAUCAUCCACCGAGCCAGAGGCGGAUUCUUUCCAGAGCGACGAAUCAGAGAGCGAUUCUGAAAGCGAGCCCGGUAGUGACUGGACGUCGAUAGCUUCUUCUGACGACGCCAGCGAAGCAGACAACCCAGGCGGCACUGGCGGCGCGGACGAAGACCAAGAUGAGCGAGAUACCAAGACUUAUUUCUACCUGGGCGAGUUCAAGCAUAUGGACUUUGACGAGCUCCCGGACCCAGACAAGUUGCUCGGCAUGUUGGCCAAGAUGCACACGAAGGGCACGUCCCCGAAUGGCAUGUUCGGAUUUCCCGUCGCAACCGCCUGUGGACGGAUGCAAAGGACCGUGACAUGGGAGAAGAGCUGGGCCAAGUCCUUUGCCUACCAGCUCAAGAACGUCAUGCAGUAUGACAUGGAGAAGCAUGGACCCUGGCCUGAGUUUGAGGAGGUGUGUGACGAGAUCAUCGAGGUCGUGGUCCCGCGACUACUCAAUCCGUUGCAGGAAGAUGGGCGCGAGCUCCGGCCCGCCUUAGUUCACGGCGACUUCUGGGAGAAGAACAUUGCCCUGGACCACGACACAAAGGAGAUUGUGGUCUUUGACCCGGGAUGUGUCUAUGCACACAACGAGAUGGAAUUCGGAACCUGGAGGAGCCAAUGGGCUACUCAUUUUGUCACAAAACCUGAGUACAAAGCUGCUUAUGACAAGCUGAUUCAACCUUCCGAGCCGAAGGAACAGUACAACGACCGACUGCGUCUCUACAUUGUCCGAUCCCACCUCAAUGGUUCGGCGGGAGAUUUCGGGACCGAGCUGAGGCAGCUUGCGUACAAUGACAUGCUCUUCCUCUGUGAGAAGUACGGGAAGCUGCCAGGACAGGACAGAUACGAUCCUCAGAAAGACCUCCAGGUUACUGGAGCAUACAAGGCCUUCGAUCCGACGAUCGAAAGAUGA